GGCACAGCCUCUUGCUGCAUACACCUCGAUGAAGCAGCCGCCUGUGGCUCUCGCUGUCCUCCAGGAUACAAACAAUAGGGACGCCAUCAGACCCCUCUCUCUUCCUGAGACGCAGACACCCGCCGCCUCGGUCCCUUCGGCCUCUGCCAAUCUCUCACCCGUGGCUCCGUCUCCUCCUCCUUCUCGCAUGUGAGCACGCUCCAUCUUUAGAGGAGCUGUAAAGAGAUUGGUGUUUGGCGGCUGCUCUUUGGCUCAAAGGGAGAAGAGCGCCAGAUGGUCAUUUGAAGAAAAGGCUCAGUCAGGAGAAACAACGGCUGUCGUCUUCUGCUGCUGCUCAAUGGCUGACGGUGACUGCUUGCCACAAGAUACAGGAUUUCUCUUCAUCAUGUGAUACCACUCCCACGCCAUCACUUCCGUCGCUCUACCUUAAAGAGCCUGAAUCAAAAGGAGGAUCAUGACCCGACGCCUGAGCAGCUCCACCCGUUCCCACACCGAGGAUUCCAUCUUCCUGAGGCCCGAUGAGGACCCAGUUUGGCUAGAUGAGCCCGCAAAGAUCGGAAAAAUAAACAACGGAAAGAAAGAUGACCUGCUACACUGCAAAGUCGCAGACGCAGGGGGUCAGAGUGCACAAGGAGAAGAAGUAUUUUUGCACAAAGUGUUCACACUGGUGGUUGAGUUCCACUGCUGGGCAGCCCUUCUUGUCAUCUCUCAAGUCACGGUGUACUGGAUGUUCUUUGUGGUGGAAGGAAAUGGGCCAUUUGCCUCCAUCUAUAAAGCUCUGCAAGUCAUCGACUUCUAUCUGAGUUUUGUCUUACACUGCCACCCGAUAUUUGGAAUGGAUUCCAUGGUGCUGAGGGAUGUGAUGAACACCACGCAGCAAGCUUGGAUCAUCUAUGCUACUGCAGGCAUUGGCGUGACCAUCUCUGUUUGUAUGGUCAUCCACAUGGUGUGUAGGUGGCGUUACGGCACUGGCUUGUGGUCAUUGGGCACCGUGUCGCAGGACAAUGGGGAUCGACGUCAGUCUGUGAGUCGCCAGCCCUCCUUCACCCUGUCAGAGUGGACGGACGCCCAAGAGGACCUAAUGGACCUGGACCAUGUACCUCAGACUCCGGUCUUUGAAAUGGGAAGUGACAGCAAGCCAGAAGGAGACGCUGUCACUCUCACUGUCACACCAGUGGGGCUGCAGGAGAGGAGGGGCUCAAAUGUUUCUCUGACCUUGGAUAUGUGCACACCGGGCUGCACAGAGCCUUACGGCUAUGGAGCCCAGCUUUCCCCCAGAGACCAGUCAGCCCAGGAGUACCUCCGGCAAGGAACACACAUCCUAACCCCUGCCAUGCUGCACACACGGGCCAUGGAUGACCAGAGCCUGCAGGCUGAGUUUUACGAAACCCCCAUGAACUUUGUGGACCCUAAAGAGUACAACUACCCAGGGCUUGUGAGAAAGAACCGCUACAAAACCAUCUUACCCAACACACACAGCAGAGUGAUCCUAAAGUCAGAUGAUGAAGAAGAUUUCCUCACGACUUACAUCAACGCCAAUUAUCUCAAAGGUUAUGGGGGUGAAGAGCAUGCAUACAUUGCAACCCAGGGUCCGACGGUAAACACGGUGGGAGACUUCUGGAGGAUGGUGUGGCAGGAGAGGACCCCAAUCAUUGUAAUGAUCACUAACUUGGAGGAGAAAAACGAGAAAUGUGCCGAGUACUGGCCUGAGGACACUGUGACCCACGAGGGGAUCGAAAUCACUGUCGUGACGGUGACGCAGGAGGAUGACUACAGUCUGAGGGUUUUUACUUUGAAGUGUGACGAUGAGGAGCGGAGUUUGCGUCAGUAUUGGUACACUUCAUGGCCGGACCAGAAGACUCCAGACAAAGCCCCGCCUCUUCUGGAACUGGUGCAGGAAGUGGAAAGAGCCAGAGAGGAGGCCCCGCCCACUAGCGGCCCAAUGAUUGUACACUGCAGCGCUGGAAUAGGUCGGACUGGCUGUUUCAUUGCCACCUCCAUUCUGUGCAAGCAGCUAAGGAUGGAGCGUGUGGUUGACAUCCUGGGGACCACCUGCCAACUGCGUCUGGACAGGGGUGGGAUGAUCCAGACGUGCGAGCAGUACCAGUUUGUGCAUCACGUUCUCAGCCUCUAUGAGAAGCAGCUGUCUCACGCCUCCGAAGAGUAGUGCGUGCGCGUCGGCCACGCCCACACCGAGACACACCACUGUACACUGUGCCGCCUCUGGUGGUAUACACACCACUGUACCCAGCAUCAUCUCAGUGUCACCCUUUAAUCAAGGUCACGCCGCAUCUUCACCCCAUGACGGGACUCAAUGAUGCUUGAAGGGAACCUUCAACUUAUUGUCACUCACAUGGGCCUGAAAAUACACUCAUACAGCAUGGAAACUGACAGCUAUGGAAGCCCGUUUCCGCCACUGAAAGAAAAAAAAUAACCCAAUGGUAAGUCAUAAUUUUGAGAUAAAAAGUCGAAAUUAUGAGAUACAAACUGCUCAUGUGCCAAAUGCCAUGUGACAAAGGCUCCGUUGAAGAAGGCAGCAAAUGCACAGUUUGUAUGUCAUAAUUAUGAUUUUUAAUGUCAUACUUUUGACUUCUUAUCUCGUAAUUAUGACUUUUUAUUUCAUAAUUUGGACUUUUUAUCUGCUAAUUAUGACUUUUUAUCUCAUACUUUUGACUUUUUAUCUCAUAAUUAUGACUUUCUGUUUCGUAAUUUAGACUUUUUAUCUCAUAAUUAUGAGUUUUUAUUUCGCAAUUUCAACUUUUAUCUUCUAAUGACCUCCGCCAAGCGCGGAGGUUAUGUUUUUGCCGGCGUUUAUCUGUUUGUUUGUUUGUUUGUUUGUGUUCAAAAUAACUUGAAAAGUUCUGAGUGGUUUUGGAUGAAAUGCCCAGGAAUGAUCAGAAAUGGGAUAUGGAAGAACUGAUUCAAUUUUGGGGGUGAGCUGGAUCGCCGUCUAGAUCCACAAAUUUUUGAAAGGAUUCUUUAACAUUGCGAGAUGGAACCAUUUUCAGAGUUUGUGCACAUAACAAAAAAAUGGUCAGAGCACUUGGAAAUAAAAUACAGGACAAGUUUCCAUCAGGUUCUACAAAAUAUCAAAAACUGAUUCAGAAAAUGUAGUGCUAUUAUUUUGGUGUGAAUUACAAUAUGGGGGGGAACUAUGGCGCUUGGCGGAGGUCUGCGCUCUCCGAGUGCUUUCCUAGUUAUGACUCUCUCAUAAUAAUGACUUUUUAUCUCAUAAUUACAACUUACCAUUAGGAUAUUUUUUUUUCUUUGAGUGGCGGAAACGGGCUUCCAGAGACACCACUCAGUCUAAUAAUCCUACAUCCCACAAAUGUUGGCAUUUGCACGUCUGAGCUUUUCUCAUUUUAGCUGCACAUGACAGACUCCGAUGAAAAAAAUCAGACUAUUUUGGAGGAAUUAACUGGAUUUAACGUGAAUUCAUAAGAUUUUGCGGAAUAAAAUGGACGUUUAAAGUAAUGAACGGGAACACAAUGGAAAUUGAGUUUAAACCGGGAAUUGCAAUGUUGCCUAGUUUAGCCAACACGAAGAUUAUUCUGUGAACAAGAGGUUGAUUAAACAACAAAUAAAUUCAAUGUACAGUCGCUCCUCGUUUAUCGCCGUUAAUUGGUUCUAGACCCGACCGUGUUAAGCCCAUUUCAAGCAGGAUUCCUUAUUUAUAAAUGGAAUAUUUUCGUCGCUAGAGCUUAGAAAACCUGCUUCCAAUUAACAUUACAGUGCAACCUCGGUUAGCGUCUGCCCCGGUUAGCAUGUUUUAUCAGUUAUUUUGCCCUGAUUUACCCACAUUUUCCAGUUAGCAUAAAAAACAGCGUCCAACUGUGUUCUUAAUGUAUUUUUUAUCACAAAACGUCCUUAGCUUCUGCCAAAGGGGCUAGCUUGCUAACAAAAAGUCAGCUAUGUCGCCCGUUGAUGACGUCAUCAGUGGUUUACUCUUAAAAAUGUUAACAGACAACACAUUUUUUUUUAUUAUUUUACAUACAUAGGAUAAUUGUAAAUGAUGAAUGAAAGGGAUACAUUAAAAUUGAAGGUAACAAUUACCUUCACUCCAGCCGUGAUUCUUGACGUGAGUAUUCCCGACCCGAAGACACGAUGUGGCAGCAAAGACACACCACCGACACAAUCUUCCUGUUUUGCCUUGAGUUAUUUCUUGACUUCUAUUCAAUUCGAUAGCGUUUUCCACCUUCUUUUUCAAAAUGCUGGCACUUAAAACUUGCUGUGGCUCCAUUUUGGCUUAUUGAGGGUGAGAAACACGAUUGAAUUAAAUAAAUAAUUCAUGGCAAAACAGGAAAGUGGUGUCUUGUGGUGUCGCACUGCCACGUAGUGUCUUUGAUUAAUGAAUGAAUACGCCAUAGUCAAUCACGAAACAGCGCUCAUUAAUUCGUUAAUUUAAAAAAAGCAAGGGGCGGCUGUAACUGUAUCAAGGGGCGGCUGUAACUGGAUUUACAUUAUUUCAUAAGGGAAAAAUUGAGUUGGUGAGCAUCUGUUUUGGUUAGAGUUGGACCUCCUGGAAUGAAUUAAUGAUGCUAACCAAGGUUCCACUGUAUAUUCAACCACAUAUGUAUUAAAUUCACAUUCAAUCCUGGUUCAUUUUUAUGUUUUUUUAAGGCCUGUUUUCUACAUAUGAUGCAUUCAGGAGCCACUUCAUCUUCAGGUUGCAUGGUGCUAAGUGUUCCUUAAAGGCAUGUGCAAUGUUAUGGAACAUAGGAAUGUAAAGCAGUUAGGUUAUUACUGAACUCAUUUGAAUAUCUGCGCAAUCUACAGUAUGCUAAGUUCUACCAUGCUGCCUGUGCAGGUCUCAUGGCUCAUGAUGUUUACAAGAAACACCUUCCUUUGUUCAGGCCACCUAGACCGACUGCCAGAGGUUUCACAGAGCCGGCGAUGUUCUUGUAAAUGUCCCAUUUCUAUCAUAUUCCUCUCGAAUGCUCUGUGAGGCCUCUGCUCUCUCAAUCGUAGCUUCAGCACAUCCGUGAAGACGUCCAUGAUUGUUGUAUAGACAGGUCCAGCCUAAACUGUAUGAAGCACAAUAGAACAACCUAGGUUGUCUCUCCUACGUUUAGCUGUAAAGCUUUGUUUUUUUGUUUUUUUUUCCGGUAUUAUUUAAUGGAUUGCAUGUGCUGUAUGGGACUCCAUAGGUCCGCAAUCAACGUGAUUGGUUGUCCUGCUUUUUGUUGUGUAAAAUGGCUUUAAAGCCCUAAUAUAUUAUUGCUUGCUCUCGGCCAAUGCUUUUUGAUACAGUUUGCUUUUUGUGAAAACCAACCAGAGAUAUUUUUAGAACAUUUUGAUACAAUCCUUUUGUGUAGAUGCCUUGUGUCCAUUGCCUUUUUUGCCAUGAUGUGUAUGUAGCUCAUAGUGUGGAUACAAACCAUCGGUUUAUGUUGCAAGAUUUGACAAAAAUGUACCUUACCGGGACACAAAAAGAGAUUAUGUUCAGCCUUCAGUAGUAUUACGUUAUGCGUUUAGGCUUUGCUUUAAAAUGAUUUGCUACAAUGUGUAUGUUUUCAUUGUUUUCUUGGAGAAUUUUUACCUCAGACCGAGUAACGCAGUCUCCACUGUACUCCAUCUUUGACUCUCAUGAAAAUCCAUUGCUAUGUGCAAGGCAGCUAAAACAGUUAAGACGAAUAAUCAAAUCAGCAGCAUUAUUAGACAAUAUAAUUGACUGUGUAGAUUCCAUAGCAUUGAAAAAAAAGGCAAACUUCAGUCAUUUUACAUAAUCCCCUGAUUAUGCCCGUUGAACUUGACUAAAACAUCUUUACUUUGCUUGUUUUUAAUGCUUACAUGAGCUCAUUCUGAGAAGAAAUGAAUAGCAACAUAGUCGAAAUACAACAAACCAGCAAUCAGUAUUCCUGUCCUCUGCUACAGUAUUGCUUUAAGUUGUGAGUUUUUGCAUUAAAAUAAUAGUAGAUUUUCAUGAACCUGUGUGGCUCUUUCUUGGAUUUUUUUUGUGUCUUUUUGUUUUCCCUGCAAACAAACAUACACACAGGAAUAAGAAACCAAAUUGAUUGUGGAAGUUCGUCAAAAGAACACCAUUCAGUUACAGCGAUUUAUCCAACCCGGAGCAC